AAAAAAAAAAAAGAAAAAAGAACAGCAGCUGAAAAAUAAGGACACGGCAGAGAAACACCAUAUGGAGGAGUCGGAGAGCGGAGGGAUGGAUGGACAAUUUAGGAAUAAGGAAACGGGUGAUGGGUAGAGAGGAAAGAUGAGAGCUAGACAGUCGCUGCAUCAGUUGUGUACAGUACAGCUGCUGCAUCGGUUUGAUUCACAGGCCACUGAAACACUGGAGAGUCAGCCAGUGUGACAGAAAGAGAGAUCAUUGUGGUUUCAAGGCAGAGAGAAAGACACACAGAUGGAGAAAGGGAGUGCAGAUGGUAAUGGUGAGUUAAUAGUGGUUCGGACUUGGCAAAGACGAUCAGUGCUGUUUCUGUGCUCAGUAAAUCCACACUGGUGAGGCUCCUGGGCUGUAACAGGAGGAAUCUUUCAAUAAGAGCUGAAAAGGAAGCUAAGAGGCCUCGCUGCGACCAGGUUUGCUUUUCAGCCGCCGUGCGGGAGCCGAGCCGUGUCUUUAUUAAGACUCGAGGAGCCCCUUCGGUUUGGUUUCUCUUGCCGGACUACAGAUGAGAGCUGUGUGCUGCGCAGUUGCAUAAGACGAGCACUUUGCUCCACUUUCACGCCGGCUGACUGCAAACGUUGUGUGUUGAAGAGAAAUUGAAACCAGUGGCCAACAAACACACUUCCUAAUUCACAGAAUGCCAUGCCAUGUUAAUGCUCAGACAGUGAGCAUGUGAUACAUCUAACAGCUUUUUUUAUGUACAUUAUGGACGCCAGUUUAAGAGGGAAAGGUGUGUUUGCCACUUAGGUUUGUUUGCACCUUAGGGCCACCAGUGAGACUGAACGGCACCGCGACAUAGACGUGUGACAAGACAAGUGCAGAGGAGCCGGGAGAGUGCUGCUGAGUGGUGAAAUGGAGAAGUGAGGCAGAGAGGAGAGCUGGAGGGGAUAUUUUUGAGGAACCCAUUCUGACGUCAGAGACGAAAAGACUUUUCUCUGUUUGUGUAAGUGUUAAAAAAGAUACCGACACACAACAAGGACGAUACAGCCAGAGAGGGGAAUAAAAAAGGCAGAAAUGCAAAUAACAUAUCUUAUUCUCUUAAUACCAACAACUCACCCAACAGAGUAUCUUCUUCUACAAACAACUUGAAAUAAAGAGAAGCAUCAAGCACACACAGACCAAAUAGAGCAAACCACAAGCCUUUAAAUAGAUGGCUGAAAAAGAGAAGUGUGAAGUGGACGGAGAUCCACAGAGUCAGGGGAAAAAAGAGCGAGAGCAGAAGUUUACAUCAGUCUCUACGCAGAGCGGCAACCAGUGCCACCGUGGGACUGCAGUCGUCACUCAGAGCCGGGCUAACCUGGGAUUUAAUAACAGCAACGACUUCACAAAGCAGGGAGGACAAGGACAGCAGGAGGACAGGAGACGAAACUAGAGAUAAAAGGAAGAGGUUUAUCACGCGUAGGAAAAGAGGGGGGCUCAUGGGAAACCUCCUGAAAGUGCUGGCUUGCGCCGAACUUGAGCAUGGCCCAAUAGUUUUCCUUGACUUUGAACAUGCUCAGCCCACGGAGGCAGAGACAGCCGUGUGGAACCAGGUCAGCGCUGUGCUGGAGGAGGCUCAUGGGAUCCUGGCCGAGCUGCAGUCCUAUAAUGGCGCGGGCCAGGAGAUACGAGAAGCCAUCCAGAAUCCAGGCGACCUCGCGCUGCAGGAGAAGGCCUGGAACGCAGUCUGCCCCCUGGUGGCCAAACUGAAGCGCUUCUACGAGUUUUCCCUCCGACUGGAGAACGCGCUGCGCAGCCUGCUGGAGGCGCUGACCAGCCCGCCGUACGCGCCCAUGCAGCACCUGGAGAGGGAGCAGGCUCUGGCCAAACAGUUCGCAGAGAUCCUUCAUUUCACACUCAGCUUUGAUGAACUAAAGAUGACAAAUCCAGCCAUUCAGAAUGACUUCAGCUACUACAGGAGGACUAUAAGUAGGAACAGGCUGAACAACCAGCAGCUGGAGGCGGAGAACGAGGUCAACAACGAGAUGGCUAAUCGGAUGUCCCUGUUCUACGCUGAAGCAACGCCAAUGCUGAAGACUCUGAGUAACGCCACCACCAAGUUUGUUUCAGAGAACAAGACCUUGCCCAUAGAGGACACCACGGACUGUCUGAGCACCAUGGCCUGUGUGUGCCGCGUCAUGCUGGAGACUCCGGAGUACCGCUGUCGGUUCACCAACACAGACACCAUGCUGUUCUGCAUGAGGGUGAUGGUGGGCGUCAUCAUUCUCUAUGACCACGUUCACCCUGUAGGGGCCUUUGCCAAGACCUCCAAAAUCGAUAUGAAGGGCUGCAUCAAGGUGCUGAAAGAGCAGCCGUCCAACAGCGUGGAGGGACUCCUGAACGCACUGAGGUAUACGACACGGCAUCUAAAUGAUGACAGCACCUCCAAACAAAUCAGGGCCCUGCUGCAAUGAGGAGGAGGACAGAGGGAGGAAAGAGGGAGUGCACUUGAAGGAGGAGAAAAAAAGAAGAGGAGCAGGAGGAAACAAACGCCAGUGGCUGAUAAACCCGUUUGUUUACAACGAACAAAGGAAAUCAUCUCCAGGCUAAGAGAAACCUGAUGAUAAUAAGAAGAGGAAAAAUAAUUAUAUAUAUUGUCAGCUGUCCAUCAUUCUGUCUCUCAUUUUGUAAAGUAAGAAAAGAGAAAAAAAAAGCCAGAAAAUAAAAUAUAGAUAUAUAUUAAAAACAAGUGAAACACAUGCAGCAGAUGAAAAAGAAGUAGGAUUAAAGAGGAAGCUUUAUUGCAAAAAUGUAAGGUCAGAACCGAAGCAAGCUCAAAAGGUUCAUGUUCCAGCAGUAGUCCGACAAGUAUUUUUGCACACAAACAAGGCCAUCUCCCGUUCCCCUCAGAUCUGAUCCCAAACCGACUUCCCACAGACUUCCUCGUGCUCCCUCUCACGCUCAGUUUGACCGGAGGAGGCUUUAAGCUCUCGAGGUUGCAGAGUCUCCCGCCGCUGCACUGAUCUCCACCUGCAGGUGAUUCAUGAAGCAAUGUGAUGGAUGCACUCCGGAGAUUUGAUUAUACCUGCUUUGUUUAUUUGCUGCAUCGGUGCAGCUGAAGGAAAGGAGGCAAGGAGACGGGAAGUCUUUUUAGGAUGCUUCCAUUUAUUCGCCUUGAUUUCUCCCUCAUUGCCCCUCCUCCUCACCCCUAUUCUCCCCCAUCCAUCCAUCCAUCCAUCCAUCCAUCCAUGGGAUAUGUGUUUUUUCCUUGCCACAAAAGAAAAUUCCAUCCAAUGUUGUGUGCCCUUAAGCUCGAUAUGUUCCAGCACAAAACAUCAUGCGAGUAGUCCGGCUUUACUUGAAUGUCUCUCUCUCUCUCUCUCUCCAUGGUGCUGAUGUGGUCUAGAUACCACAGUACUUCAUAGCUUGUAAGAUAUCAGUUACUUCAUCCCUCUUUUUUUGCACUAAUAUGGUGAAUCUCAAACUCAGAGAACAACUGCUUUCAGUUAUUCACAUUAGUGCACAAACAGGGAGGAAUCAGAUUUUACAAACAUAGAAGUCAUUCCAGCAAACCACAGCACACUUACUUCUUCACCCAGUGCCAAAGCUGAUUGGUCUUUUGCUUUUCUUCCAUCAUGAAGCCAGGCUCGAGGGGGGGGGAUCUUGUAGUCCUUUAAAACAUCACUGAUCAUUUUAAGUAAGAGGAUAUGAAAGAGCCAGGUCAAUGACGCUCACUAAGUCAGAAGGCGGUCAAAUUUACAUUUUACGGGAGGGGUCUGAGCGCUCCAGUGUAAAUAUGUCAACAGGCAUCUGUGUGGUCAGCUUGGGUCCUCGAGGGAAAAACAGAACAUACAUGGAAAUCUGCAUCGCUAGAGUUCUUUCUUUUAGUACGAGGUUGUCAAAGAACUAAACUGUUGGACAAGUGGGAAAUGGAAAAAUAAAAAAUUUCAAAACAGAGAGUAAAAAGAAGCGCUGUACUUUGGAUGUCUAUAGCCCUUAGUCUAAUUUAAUUUGAUCUUAUAAUAUAUUUUCUAUACAGGGGUAUGUGAACAAGCAUAGUCUGUAUAAAUAUAUAGAUGGCAUGUUGUAAAAGUUCUGACAGAAAUGUGUAAAUAAGGUGUUUUUAUUCAUUUUUAAUUGUUCAGUGACGCUGAAAUUGGGUAUGUGUUGUCUCUCAGAAUUACCAUGCGUUUGGCUUGGACCAUUGGACUUGCCGUAGUCAUAGGUUUCAGAAAUUCAGCUUCAUUAAUGCAGAUGAACCGGAGGGAGGGGAGGGACGCUAAGAGGGGGAGGGGGAAGGGGGGGGGGGCCGUCCAUUUGCUUGUUAUUUUGUACAUUUUGUGCAACAAUAAACUUGUCAUUUAUUACAUUCAA